CAAAUUUUUCAGUUUCGAUGCUCCUAUCGCUCAAAAAUUUUCGUUCCCUAAAUUUCAAAUGAAAAUACUUUUUAAAAAAUCAGGCAAUCGAUAUUCUCUGGAAAUCAAUCGAUGAACUAAUACGGAAAAUGAUGGACAACUCAUGAUAAUGUCCCUCCCCUCUCAUUGCCUGGAGAACUCUGUAUUUUUUCACAGAGGUGAUUACCUGAACUUCGAUAAACUGUCCAAUGGAGUAAAAACUAGCCUGAAAUUCGCAAAAAUCCCCGACUUCCACACGAUCGACGAGGAAUCAUACUUCGCAGCUGAGAUGAGAAUUGAAGGUUUAAAAGUAAUGACAGCAGCCCUAGCAGCUGACGACGUCCUAAAUAUUCGUCUGCAAGAGGUGAAAAACCCGAGUGCGAUUAGAAACAUAAAUUUCUUCAUUCCAAUUGAGGCUAAUGCUCAACUGGUUUCAGUCGAAGUGUUUGGAGGAGAAACAAUUUUCAUUCGUGCACCAGUUGUUGAAAAUCUACCCUAAGACAGCAAACAAUCUCAUACAAUCUAUUUCCUAAUAUUCAAACUCUGAAGGAACAAAUAAU